AUGCCCAUUGCCCUGCAUCUGAACCCACAAGUCCCCGAACAAGGGGACGACCGCCCCAGCUACUACGACCGCAACCGCGAUCAAGUGCGCGAGAACCAGCGGCAAUACCGAGAAAGCAACCGCGAAAAAAUUCGAGCCAUUCACAAGGCGUACUAUCUCAAGAACCGGGCGAAAAUCACAGCAUACAAACGCGAACGAUGGCAUCAAAAGAAGAAAGCUGGCAACCCCCCAAACGUUCUCAUCAUGAACCGCCUUCCAAGAUGA